CAAAGUAUAAAUAAAGAAAAGAAAUGUGGUUAGGUGUAAAGUCAUAUCGCUCUUUUUGAAAUCGUCUUUUUUGUUGUUAUUCUGUGUUUAUAAUACAUGAUAAAUAUAUAAUUAUUUCGCGUUUGCAAUGGAAGUUGGGGCAGUGAAACAAGCAUUUAACAAUGAGGUUAUUUUAUUAAAGAAGAAAUUAAAUCAAGCAAAGAUUCAAGUCAUUCAUAAACUUACCAGGAAAGCUAAGACCAUGACUCAGAAGAAAGUACCUGAUCAUUUAGAGCAAAAAUUUAAGAGGAAAGCUGAAUCUGCUGUGAAUGAAGUUCUAGCCAUUAAGAAAAUAAAACCUAAAGACUUGGCAAAAUUUAUAGUAACACACAAAAAGGAACUAAAACAAUAUUUAAACAAUCCAAAAGCAGACCAAGAAAAAGCAUGUGCCAGAUUAUUACUUCACAAGUCUUUACAAGAAAAAUACAGAUUUAUCAGAGGAAGAUUUUCUAAUAUGCCCAUUGAAGAUUUGUUUAUGUCUAGACAAGAAAGGAGGAAACUCAAAAAGGAAGCUAUAGAAAAGAAAAAGAAAGGGAAAAAUAAUAAAGUUGUUAAUUCUGAAGGUGAUUGGGAUGUAGAAGAUGUUGAGAUUGGUGAAGACAGUAAACUAUCUAAUGAAAGUGAUAUUUCUGAUGAUGAGUUAUCUAAUGAUAAAGAGAAAGCCAGUGAUAAUGGUUCAAACUUAUCAAGUGCUGAUGAAAAAGACUGUGAUGCUGAUGGCAAUGAUAUAAGUAUGGUAGAUUCUGAUAGUGGUGAUAGUGAUCAAAGGUCAGAAAUAGCAAAUCCCAAGGCUAAACAAAACAAUUCUAUGGAAAAAAUUAAUAUGGUAGAGUCCAUAAAGCCCAUAGCCCAUAUACCCAUUAAAAGACAUGAAAAAAAUGUUAUGAAAAAAGAUAAUAAGAAAAACAAGAAUUUAAAUGAAAAGUUGUUAUCUAGGAAAUUCAAAAAGGAUACAGAAGGACUGCAAGUAUCUGAAGCUAAAAUUGUUGAUCCAUUCUUUAUAACAUCUACCGGAGAAAAUUAUAUGUCAGUAGCUGAACCCAGACAGCCAGAUGAAGUUAAAGAAAUACAUAAAGAAGGCAACAGGAAACUCCGAAGAGCAGCCAUGUUUGGACAUGUUCCUAAAAUAAAGCCUAGAAGAGAUAAUUAUUUUCCUGAUAAUAAAAAUUUCAAUAAACAAAAUGGUUUUGAGAAAUCAAACAGGUUCAGUAAUAAUUUUAAUAAACAAUCUGACGAUGGUAGAAAUAGUUUUAAGGAUGGAAAAUAUAAUAAUAAUAAUCAACAUGGGAAGUCAAAUGUUGCCAACAGCAAAUUACAAUACAAUAAGAUAGCGGAUGAAAUACCAGAAAAGUUACACCCAUCUUGGGAAGCUAAGAAGAAAAAGUCUGGUAUAUUGCCAUUCCAAGGCAAAAAGAUAGUAUUUGAUAAUUAAUUUUAUAUGCAAAACAUUAAAAAUAAAUUAUUUUCAAAUA